UGUCAGUCGCUAUGUGUUGGUAGUAGAGGCGUCAGAUUCUCGUAGUCUGUCGUAGAGACUAGCUGUUUGUGAAGUAUUGUGGAUAUCGCAUCAAUCGUUUUAUUUAUUUUUUUCUUUUUGUUUUUGUAAUUGUGUGUAAAAUCCAAAGUACGAGACAUGCCACAGAACGGGGUUGCCGUACUAAACGGGGAUUCGGGGAGCGGUUAUAAGAACGGCACCACCAACAGCCACCACCCCCACAGGAAGCUGUUCGAUGAUGAUGAUGUGGUGCCGGCGCAACGAGACGUGGAGGAAGACGCUGCUGACGUUAGGUACCCAGAUGGUUCGGUGCGGCUGCGGAACCCGAACAUCGAGCUCAUGGACCAGGACAUCCUGUACCACCUGGCCCUCGGCUCCGGCUCGCACGACCUCGUCGAGAUGUUCGGUGACGUGAAGUUCGUGUGCAUGGGCGGUACGCCGAAGCGCAUGGAGCAGUUCGCGUACACCAUCAUGGCGGAGAUCGGCCACAAGCUGCCGUGCGGCACCACGCUGCAGGACAUCAGCCAGUUCUCUUACCGGUACUCCAUGUACAAAGUCGGCCCCGUGCUGUCCAUCAGUCACGGCAUGGGUAUCCCCUCGGUGGGUAUACUCCUCCACGAAGUCAUCAAGCUGAUGUACCACGCUCGUGUGCGGGACCCGGUGUUCUUCAGGAUCGGAACCUGUGGCGGCAUCGGCCUGGAGGGGGGCACCGUCGUCAUAUCAGAUGAAGCUGUCGAUGGCGCUCUCAGGAAUGUUCUGGAGCUGACGGUGCUGGGGAAGAACAUCCAGAGGCCAGCCAAGUUGGACCGACGAUUGGCGCGCGAGCUACGCGGCUUGGCCGACCCUGAAGAUCCCUACGACACGGUCACCGGCCGCACCAUGUGCACAUACGACUUUUACGAAGGGCAGGGUCGUCUGGACGGCGCGUUCUGCGACUUUACGGAGGCGGACAAGAUGUCGUACCUGGAGGGUCUGCAUCGCGCCGGCGUCGUCAACAUCGAGAUGGAGUCGCUGGCGUUCGCCGCGCUCACCCACCACGCCGGCAUCGCCGCCGCCGUCGUGUGCGUCACGCUGCUCGACCGCCUCAAGGGCGACCAGGUGUUAGCGCCCAAGGAGGUGCUGGACGAGUGGCAGCAGCGACCCACCAAGCUCGUGUGCCGCUACAUCAAAAGGUAUCUUCAAAUGAAGGGGCGGCUGUCCCUGGAGGGCCACGGCUCCAUCGCCGUGAAGAGCCCGCGCCGGUUCAAGCUGGUGCAGCAGGAGUCGGAGACGUACGACUAAACAAUAGGGGCCUCUUUAGGACCUCAAGCAUUCCUUUUGGUUAGAUCUGAUUUCAGCAUCGUGUGACACUGCCAUUACUUUUGAUGGUUCCGUUGUGUGUUUCGACGAAAAUUUACCGAUAUUUUUUGGUACUUACUUUUGUAUUAUUUUUCGAUUGACGUACGCAAUUUUUGAGAUCGUAUCUACCGAUUGUAUUUUAUCCUAUCGUUUUUAGUGUUAUAUUCCUAAUCUUGAACUUUGUAUAUCUUUUGAGAGGCUUCGUAACUCGAAACUUAUCUAUCGGGCAUAUCCUUAGACCAACGUUUUUAAUUAUACUGUCAGAUGUUAUCUCGUCAGUUGUCGGAAUGUGUUUCAUUGUAGUACAGUUGGAACGAAAUAUCAGCGAAAGUCAUUGCGCUAAUAAAUGCGUGACUUUCAAAAUAUUUCCGGUACGAAUUAUUUUCAAGGUGAUAUGUGCACUCUGUAGUCUGUACACAUAGCACUUGUUUUAAACUGUUUAGUUCUUUGGUAGAAAUUGUAUUUUUGAGUAUGGAUUUAUUUUUUAACAUUACUUACAUUCUGGAAAAUAUCCUUAACGAGGUAAAGUGAAAAAGAAUUAACCCUUUGAAAUUGAAAACUCACAGAGUUUUAAUUGAUCCGUAGUCAGUACAUUAUUUUCAAAUACACUAGAUAAGAAUUUGUAAUAAAACUGAUAUUGAGGAUUUAUUUGUAAAAAUAUUAUCAAAGAUUGAAAGUUAUUACUGGCCUAUUAGAAUAUAGGCCUCAUUGUCUAAUUAAUGCUAAGACAAUGUUUUUUCGUAUAUUGUCAAUUUAACACUCAUGAAACACAAUUUCUUUACUUCUAUGAAACAUUUUGAAACAACGAUAAAUAUAUUUCAACUAAGUAAAUUACAAUUUUAAAUAUCGUAGUUAAUAAAAUAUUAUAGAGGCGUUUAUAUUUUACUGUUACGAAGAGACCACUUUUAGUCGAUAAAUUCGUAAAUUUUGAGUUCAGUAAAUAGAAGCUAGUGAGAUAAAGAAAAGAGAAGGAACUAUAAUCUUUUCUUUCUAUUUACUGAGCUCGAUGCUAGAUAAUAUAAAUGUUAUCGGAUAACAAAUAAAUAGUUCAAUAUAUUAAAUGUGCUUCCACGAUUGAUUUACAAAAUGUUGAGAUGCAGUGGUGUUGAAAAUUCAAAGUUUAUUCAAAUACUUAAAAACUAGAAAAUUCGUACAUUACUUUUAUAGCAGUUUAAUCUUUUAGUAGCAUACUCAAUUGAUGAUUUUUAUAUACCUAUUUUCUUAGACUAAUUUCAAAUUACUUUAAUUUAGACAUGAUACGUUUUAAUUGUGUCAUACACCACUGAAUCGGAAUGAGUAGAUUUGAGGUCAAAAUACACCUGCUUCUUGCACAAACACUACUUUCGUGUAGAUACUGAGCACAAGCUAGUGUAAUUCAGACCUUACGUUUGAGUGUUGCGAAGUGAUUGUUGUGUUGUACUAUGUAAAGUUUUAAAUAUUUAUUAUAGCUUAACGUUCAAAUUGUCAUUAAAUAUAAGAUAUAAAGGAAACAAACAAUUACCUUUAGGUUUCGUAAGGUUGUCAUGUCAAUAAUUAUUUGUGUUCUUACAUUUAAUUCUAAGCCUGGUUAGUUUUAGCUUCGGAUUGCAGAUUAUGUCUAAUUUGAAGCUUUAUCAAAUAAUUUCACUUAAAAUUGAGCGCAACUUUUGAAUCAUUUAUAAAUAAAUUUGACUUGAGGCGUAAUAUAUCAUGUAGGUGGAUAAUAUAUGCUACGAUGAAGUAUCUAUGUAUUGUGUAGGAAUGUGUGGUUAUGUAAAGUAUUGUUAUUGUUAAGAUUGACGGCCUGAUAUAGCUUGAUAAAAAAAAGAACAGUUCGUAGGCAAAAAGUCUCGAAAAGACUGUGACGUCAUUUAAAAAAAAAACACUUAGAGAACAGCAAAGUUCCUAUAUUCGUCUGCGACAAGGCGGUUAGCUAUUAUUUGCAUCUUAAUCAACAUUCCAGCUUUAGAAUUAAUUAAUUUCUUCUUCUGAGAGUCACAUUCCUAUUUCCAAUAACCUUUUAUCUUAUGCAUAUCUUUUGACUAUAUCAAGAAAUAUUAUAAUACGGCUGUAGAAUAAUACAUUUCCAGUGAAAAUGAUAAGAUCAAUAGAAGUUACAUUUACGUAUAAUUGCCGAAGUAUUAAGAAGUGUUUAUAUUAAAAAAAUAUUAUAUAGAUUAACUUUUUCAAUAAUUAAUAAUAUACCUUUUGAAAAUAUUAAAAUAAUUAUCAAUUUACCUUUACAGUUACAUACAGUUGCAAAAUAAUUAAGUCAAAAUACAGUGGCGUAGGGAGGCCGCGUUUAUCUCGUAGUCGUAAAUAUCGGGGCACUUUCGAGCGCGGCCCCGGGCACCGCCGGCUUAGCUACGCCCCUGCACGUUACAUAAUCCAUUCAAGUAGAUAAUAAAGAGACAAUUACUAUGAUCUCAUUCGAACAAAUCGACUGUUAUUUUUCGAUUGCAGAUAUUUAUCGUGGCACCCAUAGCUGUUAUUUUGAAAUGUUAAUGUUGAAGGUUAAAUGUUAUAAUAUUAGCUCGUACAGGCGCGUGGUCCGCUGUUACUGUGUCGUGUACAGUCACGAGCGCUGGAGGGUGGAGCUCCUUUGUCAUGCCAUUAAAAAGGUUCACAAAACGCCAAAGAAUUACUUCUAUCUAGGUGAUUUUUAGGGCCGCAUUCUAUUCUAGCGCUCACUCCUGUACUGAACAAAGAUGGAUAUUAUUGUACGUUGUAUCGGCAUGCAUAUGUUAAUUGGUAAUUAAAUAAACGAGUUUGUUUCUUA